AAAAAGAAAACAACAAUUGAUCAAUAUUAUUUCAGAUUAAGAUUAGAAAAAAACAAUCCAAAUAUGAGUAAUAAUUCAACAUUAUUUCCCAUUAAUUUGGAUAAGCUCUCCGACAAGGAACGGCACAACUAUAUUCUCAGCCGCUAUGUGCUGCCAACGCCUGCGGAAAGUGUAUCUCGCAAACACAAAAGGGAUAUUGACGUGAUUCGGGAAAAUCACCGUUUUCUUUGGGAUGAGGAGGAUGCGGACAUGGACUCAUUAAGCUGGGAGCAGCGUCUUGCGUUACGCUAUUACCGCAAGCUUUUCAAAGAGUACUGCAUAGCGGAUCUCACUCGCUACAAGGAAAAUAAAAUUGCGUUGCGUUGGCGCACCGAACAGGAAGUGGUAACUGGAUUGGGCCAGUUCCAGUGCGGCAGUCGGAAAUGUGGUGAGCGCGAUGGAUUGCGCAGCUGGGAAGUCAACUUUAAGUAUAUCGAAAAAGGCGCUCCACAAAAUGCUUUGGUAAAGGUUCGUCUUUGUCCCAUACACACGGAGCAAUUAAAUUAUCAUACUAAGAAAAAAGAACACAAGCGCCAACGACGCAGAGAAAAGGAAGGACGUAAAGCAGAGAGAAGACACAAAAAACAUAAGCUGAAUGAUGAUGUUGCGGACAGCGAAGAAGUGGAAGAGCAGAAAACGCAAGAACCAAAUAAAGAUACAUCUAGCGAUGUGGCAGCCAUAACAUCCGAUAAACCCGAAGAAGCUGUCGAUGAGAGAAUCUGGAGCCAACAACUGGAUAUAAGCAAGGAGCAACCUUCACGUGAACAGGAAUUCGAACGAUAUCUGGAGGACUUGCUGAUGUAAGCCACAGUCUUCUUCCACACUUGCUUCAGACGAAAGAGAACGCAACCGGUUUGGUUUGUAAACACAAUAGCACUUUUUAUUAAUGUGGAGUAUGUGCUUCUCUAUAGCUAUAUCUAGUUGGCCACACGUUUGAUUGGGCCAAGCUUUUGACUUUGCAGACUUGUACAUAAAUACAAACAUUUAGUUUUAUACAA